AUGUCCAAUGAUUCUACGUGGGAAUUGUUUCCUGCGACGGACACCAACAAUAUCCACAUGUUGGAGUGUAUGGCUUCAAAGGGCGGUUUUGUUGGGAAAUUGUAUCGCCAAUUCCUUACAGACACGCUACGUUACAAUCUGGAAUGGCGAAACCCCGGAUUUCUAUCCGUUGAAGGGCUCCUUAAACUAGGGGUGGAUCCGAAUUGUCUAACUGUCAUUGGUGACCCCGUUCUUCGCGAGUUAAACCUUGGGCGUGUUCCAAUACUGUUGCUGGCAAUCUGUGGUUGCCGCAAUCUUUGCGCUGAUAUCUUGAAGCGGUUGAAGGGAUAUGAGCACAACAAAUACAGUGUUUCAAAGCAAAGAAGAAGCGUCAAUUAUGUUCACCUUUUGCUCGAAUACGGGGCUGAUCCAAAUACCCACUUAUCCGACAGAACAUCGCCACUUCAUGUGGCAGCCUCCCUGUGCAAGACCAUGGGCAAGCCACAAAUUGUGACAAAACUGAUCAGAUAUGGCUCCAAUGCCAACGCGAUUGGCCCCCAUGGUAAAACACCUCUUCACGUGGCUGUCGGUCGAAAUCAUUGUUACAAGUCCCACGCUCCCUGCAAAGACACAAUCAAUGCCCUUCUUCAAGCUCCAGGGAUUGACCUCGACCCACGUGACGAGAAUGGGCGUACGCCCUUGAGCAUUGCUGUUGGCCUUAACAUGUCCGUCUCUGUUUGGUUUGUUGAAACAAUGCUUAACAACCCCAACGUUGAUAUCAAUUCCCAAGACAUUCAUGGGAAGACGGUAUUAUAUCAUUCGGUGGAGAGCCGAAACAUCAGAGCUGCUGAGCUGUUGCUAUCGCAGAGUCACAUCAACCCGAAUCUAAAUACUACGUACUUGCCCUUGUUUUUCGCCGUUUCGAAUCGGAUGGAAGCGAUGGUGAAGAGUUUGCUAAGCACAAAGGCAACUGACCCAAACCGGAAAGACAGCAGAGGGCGUCUCGCUUUGACGCUGCCAACAUCAAAUGAGAUAAUCAAGCUGCUUAUCAAAGCCGGUACCAAGCUGGACAUUCCAGAUAGCACAGGUCUGACCGCACGGGAAACAAUCUUCCAGGCGGGCAUCGAUAUUGAGCAGCUAAUGCGCGCAAGUGAAAUAGGGAAAAAGAAGAGUCGACGUUACUAG